GACGAGUCUUGUUUUCAACAUUUUUUGACAAGUCGCUUCUACCCAAAGCGACUUAUCGAAAAGAACGAACUUUAUGAGAUUGUAGCAAAUUUAUUUACAUCGCAAUUUCUGAAUUCACAGGAAAUAAUUCGCACAUAAGGUCACAUUGGACCUCAAGAUGGCAACAUCAAGCCAAUCCUGCUCUAGGCAAUCCGGAGUUAAAUGUCCAUCUUGUGAAGAGGAGGUAGCUACGGAGGAAGUUCACGAAUUAGUGUGGAGUAUUAGCAGGAACGAGAUCCUCUACGCCGAAGAGCCUUCUGAUCAGCAAACGGCCUACUUAUCCUUCACAAUUGGACAAACUAUGGAUGCGAUCUCAAGGUGGAAGUUUUUUAUACUCAUGGACGACGAGACGGAUGCUAUUGACCUUUUCUUCAGACUGGAGGAGUACCCAGGUUUUGAAGGGCUGGUCGGGGUGGAGGUAUCAUUGGAUAAGUUGUCGAGAUCGCCGGAAAAGUGGGAGUUUAAGUUGGCUCGUCACACUUUCACCUCAGCAGAUGUCAAGAACGCUGCCCCGACCAAGUGUGUCUUCUACGAGUACAGAUUAUCGGAAUAUUCUACGUGGGUAAAGAAGGGCACUAAAUCUUACACCCUGAACAAGAUUGCUGAGAAGAGUGGUGACGAAGAUCUUAUGCAAGUUCGCAUCCGAUUCAAACUAUUCGACACCAAAGGGAUUGCGAACCUCAGAAAGCAAUCUGAUCUCCUCGUCAUGCCAGAGCGCGUCGCGUGGGGCGAAAUCCACAAGAAGGGAAUGUUCGCCAUGCUGCAGGAAGGGGCUGCUUCUACGAUCACCCUAAGGGCGAAAAAUGGGAAAGAAUUCGUGGUCAACAAGGCCAUCCUCGCAGCUCAUAGCCCUGUAUUUGCCGCCAUGUUUUCCACGGACAUGAAGGAGAAGAAGGAUGGCGUCGUCGCCAUUGACGACAUCGGGGAGGGUGGAUUAAAGAUGUUUCUCUUGUAUUUGUUCACUGGCGAAGUCGAUAAUAAUUGGGGCGAUCAUUACGAUGAAGUAAUCAAUGCCGCCGACAAGUACGGAGUAACAUUACUGAAGGAAACUUGUGACAAGUUGCUUCCGAGGUUGGUGACAUGGGAAAAUUGCGUCGAGUUAUUGCACGUUGCCCGAUUGUAUACCUUGUCGACAGCGAUUGAGAGGAUUGAAAAGUUUAUGAGAAGUGAUCCGAAGAAAUUAGUUGAGAUAGCAAUGGGGUCAGAGGCUGGGAAGAUGAGUCGAAGCAAUUUCUAAAUUGAUUAUUAUUUUAUAUAAGUAGUACUUCUCUUAUGAUUUAUGAUCCGGCAUAAUACUGUACAUUUCUGGCUGUCUGUACUAACUAAAUAGGAUAACACGAAACACUUCUCCCCAUAAGAAAUUCCCAACUUUACCGAGCCAAGAAAAGAGAAAGCUUUCUUUGUUCUUCUUCUUUGUGUCUUGUUCCAGCA